AACAUCGAUUGUAGUUCCAUGUUCUCGCUGUUUCCGUUUACACGUGUCUCCAGACCAGUUCUCAAUGAUAAUGUUCAAAAUUCGAUGAAAAUUAAUCGCUUGUAGUGCAACUACGUUGCCAGAAACUACUCCAAGUGUAACUGUUAUACUUUAUUUGUUCAAGUUCAACGUCAGAAUCAACGGCAUAUCGCAAUGUCUCAAAACGACACGAGCGAAGAUGAAGCUGGAUUACGAACACCGAUGUUCCUCAGAAAAGGAUCUCGGUGUAGCCGUGGGACACCAGGAACUCCGUCGUCUAUAUCGAGUUCGAUAAUGUUCGGUCAGAUUUCAGAAGAGGUACUUCGUGUUUGGAGUCAACUACCAGAAGCAAUACGUUUGGAUCCCAGUUUGGCAAGUUUUCAAAGGGAAUACGACCGAGUUCAUCAAACUGCGGAAGACAAGUCCUCGGAUGGAGUAAAAAAGGAUUGCUUGGUAGUUAACAUGUCUCUUGGGAGACAGUCUACGUUACCUUUGAAUAGAACGCAAAAUGACGAAACUCCCGAUGAAGAUGGGCAUCAGGAUAUUAUGGCGGAGUCUCACGAAUUUAAAAGGAAACCAUUUUAUCGUUAUAUGAAAUUUACUUUAUUGUCUUGUUGCUGGCUCGUAUUUACCUUGCUACUGAUGAUUAAGAGCGAAAAAAUCGAAACGAUGCACCACGUUUCGGUACCCAGCGGGGAAAUAAAAAACUACAAAGUGUACGGCGACUCGUUUAGCAAACAAAUUAGCCUAACGUUGGAAGGUUCGCUGCUUCCGCCAACAAAAUUAACGCAAUACAGGAACGUAUCUGAGAGAUACCUAAAAGUGUGGUUAGAACUAAUUAACGAAACAAACGAUACAGAUCGAUCUUCGUCUAACCACUUUAAGCAAAUCAAGAUGAUAAGCGACGUAUGGAUAUUACCAAUUCUUCCGGAAAGUGUAAUGGAUGUUUUUCCUGGACAGAGGAUCCAGAGGUCUUUUUCAUUAGGAAACGUUGAUAAAAUGGAAUUAGAGAAUGGUGUGAUAUUUAUCAAGUUGGAAACAAAUCUAAAAUCCAGUUUCGCAGUUUCCAUAACUUACGAUUUGUCGUUUAUAGAAAAAAAUGACGGUGUGAUAUACGCCGCAAUGAUUUUACUAGGAUUAUACGUCUUAAUAAUAUUCGAGGUUGUGCACCGAACCCUUGCUGCCAUGCUAGCGUCCUCCAUGUCUAUCGCAAUACUCGCAGCUUUAAAUGAGAGACCGACUAUGGGUGAACUGAUUUCUUGGAUAGAUGUCGAUACAUUGUUGUUAUUGUUCUCCAUGAUGAUACUUGUCGCUGUUGUCGCUGAAACGGGUAUAUUUGACUGGCUAGCAGUUUACGCUUUCAAGAUAACUGAAGGAAAGUUAUGGCCACUCGUGAAUACGUUGUGUUUGUUCACAAUGUUCAUCUCGGCCUUCUUAGAUAACGUCACAACGGUACUUUUAAUGACACCGGUGACUAUCAGAUUAUGCGAAGUAAUGGAAUUGAAUCCGGUGCCAAUAUUAACAACGAUGAUCGUUUAUUCUAAUAUCGGUGGUGCGAUGACACCGAUAGGGGACCCGCCUAACGUAAUUAUUACAUCGAAUCACGACGUUAAGGAAAACGGUGUCGAUUUCAAUACAUUCACGAUGCAUAUGAGCAUCGGUGUUGUAUUAGUAAUAAUUGUAGUUUACGCUCAGAUACGGUACAUCUUUCGCGACGUGGCUGUUCUCAGGUUCGACGAACCACAAGAUGUACAGGAAUUAAGACACGAAAUUGUCAUUUGGCAAAGAGCGGCGGCAAGUUUGUCGAGUUACAGCAAGGACGAAAAUCUAGUAAGGGAAACCUUGCUGAGGAAAGUUCAACGGUUACUGUCGCAAUUAAAGAAGAAGCUGCUGACGGGAAGCGUGGCGCUUGAGAGAUACAAAACUACGCUCGAGGAACUGCAAGAAAAGUAUCCUAUACGAGAUAAAUGGUUACUAGUCAAGUCUGGAUUCACGUUGAUCUUCGUGAUCACCCUGUUUUUCCUGCACAGUAUUCCCGGUCUCCAUUUAUCGCUAGGUUGGACCGCUUUGGUUGGCGUCCUACUAUUGUUAAUUUUAGCAGAUAGCGAAGAUCUAGAUGGUCUUAUGGCACGAGUGGAAUGGAGCACUUUGUUAUUUUUUGCGUCGUUAUUUAUUCUUAUGGAGGCUCUCUCGCGUUUGGGUCUUAUCGACUGGAUAGGGAAACAAACGGAAAGUAUUAUUCUAUCCGUUAACGAGGAAUCACGAUUAGCAGUAGCUAUAUUACUGCUACUUUGGGUAUCUGCAUUCGCAAGUGCAUUCGUUGAUAACGUACCUUUAUCAACAAUGAUGAUUAGAAUCGUAACUAAUCUAGCACAAAACUGCGAACUUGGAUUACCAUUGCAACCUUUGGUAUGGGCUUUGGCUUUCGGCGCCUGCAUGGGAGGAAAUGGAACUUUGAUUGGAGCUACUUCUAACGUAGUUUGCGUAGGAGUUGCCGAACAACAUGGAUACAGAUUCACUUUUAUGCAAUUCUUCAAAGUGGGCUUUCCAAUUAUGCUGACGAGUUCAAUGACAGUAACCGUAUACUUAAUGAUCGCCCACGUCGUUUUCAAUUGGAACGGAUAAUGUAAUCGUUGCGACCCGUAUUUGGUGUAAAAAUAUUCAUCUACGUUUCAAAUGAUGUCUACACACUUGGUAUAUUCCUUGUAACGUUUCAUUAAUAACAUACCUGUAAUAGUAAAGAAAGUAUGUACAACUAAAACUUAAUAUACUGAAAAUAUUGUGAAAAAACAUUGCACAAAUUAUAUUGUCUCUUCAGAAUUGGAUUUUUCAAGAUUUUUACACUCGUCAGCAAUAUCUUGGAUUUACAAUAACAUAAAUAACAUAUUUUAUAAGACCAUUAAAUUUGUUUAUUACAAAUGAAACAUAAAUACAUCACCUUGAAUGCCA